AUGAUCAAGAAUUGGCUUCUCGCUGCGGCGUUGACGCUGCUGCAGCCCGCGCUCGCCAGCUCAAGUGGAUCCUCUGCCAGCGGCAGCGACAGCUUGGACGCGCAGGCGCAAACCAUCGUGGAUGGCUUCUCGACGGACCUAGUCAUCGGCCAAAUGUGCCAGCUCGACAUCAGCAUGGUGCUCAACAGCGACCACUCGGUGAACGAGACCCUCGUGCGGCAGUACGCCAAGCUGGGCGUUGGCUCCUACUUGAACUCGCCCUUCGCUGGAUGGAACGCCACCGGGUGGCGGAACACGAUCAAGGAGAUCCAGACGUACCACAUGGACGAAAACGGCGGACACCCGAUGGUGUACGGGCUCGACUCGGUGCAUGGCGCGCAGUAUGUGGACCAGGCUGUGAUGUUCCCGCAGCAGAUCAAUGCAGGCGCCAGCUUCAACCCCGACUUGGCGCGGAAGAUGGGCUUCGUGACCGCACGUGAUACGGCUGCAGCGGGGAUCACGUGGGUGUUGGGACCGAUUCUCGACAUCUCGUACAACCCCUUGUGGACUCGCACGUACGAGACCUUCGGCGAAGACCCGUACUUGGCGUCGGUGCUGGGUGCCGCCUACAUCCAAGGAGUGCAGAACAACAGCCAGAACGGAGCGUGCAUGAAGCACUUUAUCGGGUACUCGCAGACGGCGACGGGUGUCGACCGAGAAGGGACCACCAUCUCAGACUACGACCUGCUGAACUACCACGUACCGUCGUUCAAGGCUGGCAUCGAGCACGGCGCCAUGUCCACGAUGGAAAACUACAUCUCGGUGAACGGCGCCCCGGUGAUCUCCAGCACCAAGAUCCUGAACAACCUACUGCGUGAUGAUCUGGGCUUCGAUGGCGUCGUUGUCACCGACUGGGGCGAGGUAAACAACCUCCAGAGUUGGCACCGAGUGGUGCGCACGCAGCAAGAUGCGGUUGAACUCGUGGUCGCCAACACUUCACUCGAUAUGAGCAUGGUGCCAUACAGCACGGACUUUAUUGACCAAGUCAAAUCCGUGCUGUCCAGCAACGCCGACUACGAGGACCGACUGCGCUCUUCAGCCAAACGAAUCAUCAAGAUGAAGCUUGAAAUGGGCCUCUAUGACACCCCAGUCCCCGGCGAAGAUAACGUUGAUCUCGUUGGAAAUAACGACGACUUGGAGGAGGCGCUGAAUCUCGCGAGGGAGUCUAUCGUGCUGCUGAAAAACGAUGACAAUCUUCUGCCCCUCGCAAACGGCACUUCGUGCGGAGGCUGGAGUAUUUAUUGGCAAGGAACCUCCGGCAACGAUUAUUUUGCGCAUGGCACCGUGGACGGAACAUACUCGGACGAAGAUCUCUCAACAGCGACAGGAUACGCCAGUGACGCUGACGUGGUUAUCGUUGCCAUCGGUGAAGCACCCUACGCUGAAAAGUGGGGUGAUAUCGAUGAGCUGACGCUGCCCUCGGGUCAGCUCGAGUACGUCCAGGCCCUCGCCAACACGGGUACUGAAGUCGUGCUAAUCCUGUUCGAAGGUCGUCCAAGACUGCUAGGUUCACUACCUGACUCGGUAAGUGCCGUCGUGUGGGGCGGUCUGCCAUGCGAACAAGGAGGACAAGCCAUGGCGGAGAUCCUGUUUGGCGAGGUAAACCCGAGCGGAAGGUUGCCAAUCACGUACCCGAAGUACUCUGGCCACAUCAUGAUCCCGUACCGUCAUCGAGUCGACACCCAGUGCAGCUACAGUGCCUGCGAAAUGCAAUGGGACUUUGGCGCUGGACUGAGCUACACGAAUUUUUCGUACUCGGACUUGAAGCUCAGCACGAACAAGAUCACCAGCAAUGAUGACACGGUCACAGUAUCGGUGAAGGUGACAAAUAACGGCACGAGGGCUGGCAAGGAGACUGUUAUGCUGUUCAUGAUCCAGCCGUACCGCGCCAUCUCAGUUCCUGAAGUCAAGAUGCUGCGGAAGUUUGAAAAGAUCGAGCUCGAGGCAGGAGCCUCCACAACCGCCAUGUUUACGCUUACAGCCGACGACUGGAGCGUGUACAAGCCUCAAAUCGGAAGCGGCCUCAAUCGGGUAGCGGAAAACGGCGAAUUUGUCGUGGCAAUCCAUCCUGACACCGACUGCGACGUGUACAAUGACGCUGGUAUCACGAACGAGCUCUGUGCAAACUUCACACUGGCGGCAGCCUCCGCUACCGUCGGUGACAGUACCAGCUCUUUUGCGUCUAUGUCAGAGAUGGCAUGGUGGGCUACACUUUUGAGCUGCGUUCUGGGAUUAGCACUGUAG